AUGCCGAUUCCUCCUGUGCUUGUCAAUGCUAAUUCUUCUUCACCACUUUCAUUCCUUGAUCUCUCUUGGAAUCAUCUCAACUCCUCCGUAUUCCCAUGGCUAUUCAAAUAUACCAAUAGCCUUGUCUUUCUUAACCUUGGGGUUAACAACCUUGGUUCAAUUCCAAGAGCUUUUGGGAAUAUGGUAGCUCUUGUUCAUCUCGACCUCUCUGGCAACAACCUUGAAUCAAUUCCAAGAGCUUUUGGGAAAAUGGUAGCUCUUGUUCAUCUCGACCUCUCUGGAAACAACCUUCGAGGGGUGAUGCCACGAACUUUGGAGAAUCUUCACAACUUGCAAGUAUUAGACUUGUCUUACAAUAAUAUAAGUGGAGAGGUACUUGAUCUUUCAAAUUUCUCUUUCUUGAGAGAGUUGCGUCUAUCCCACAACCGGUUAAAUAGAAGUUUAACCAAAAGUGUGGGAGAACUUUCUAUGCUCCAAGUUCUAGCUGUGUCUUCAAAUUCUUUAGAAGGCGAUGUCACUGAAGCACACUUGUCAAAUCUUUCCAGUUUAAAUCAAUUGGACUUGUCUUUUAAUUCUUUGUCAUUGAAGUUUAGUUCAAAUUGGGUUCCCCCAUUUCAUCUGGAUAUCAUAAGAUUGAGUUCUUGCAAAUUGGGGUCAGCGUUUCCUCAAUGGCUUCAAACACAAAAGAAUUUUUCAGAGCUUGAAAUGUCAGAUGUAGGAAUUUCAGAUACUAUCCCCAACUGGUUUUGGAACCUUUCUUCCAAUAUAAAGCUCUUAAAUCUGUCCCACAACCAUAUCAAGGGUACCAUACCUCUUCAUUGGUUUUCAUCAAGCUUUUUUGAUUAUCAUAUAACAGAUUUGAGUUAUAACAACUUUACUGGUCCAUUGCCACAACUUAAUUCUAAUUGGAGCCUGUUAAAUCUCUCCAAUAACAAGUUCCAAGGAUCUAUUACAUCCAUAUGCCAAACAAAUAGAUCAUCCAUGAGUGAUUAUAGUCACUUUGAUCUUUCGAAUAACUUGUUAUCUGGAGAACUCCCUAAUUGUUGGAGGAAUAAGCUUUUUUUUGGCAAGUUUAGUUUGGCAAACAAUAAUUUCUUUGGAAGAAUCCCCGAUUCUUUUGGAAGCAUUUGUGAUUUUAGUAUUUUUGGUAGCUCUGGACUAGAAUCAUUGGAUUUGCAUAACAACAAUUUUAUCGGAGAAUUGCCGAAGUCAUUGAUAAACUGCUCUUCGUUGAAGCUACUGGAUCUUGGAGAAAACAGACUCUCCGGAAGGAUUCCAACAUGGAUAGGCACAAGCCUACCACAAUUGAUUGUUCGUCGUUUGGCAUCAAACUUGUUCAUUGGUCACAUACUGUUGCAAUUAUGUCAUCUAACUUCUCUCCAAAUUUUGGACCUCUCUCACAACGAUAUUAGAGGAACUAUACCAAAAUGCCUCAAUAACUUCACUGUCAUGGCUCAAAUGCAAAGCUCAAAAGUAAGCAUUUCUCAUGUUUACCCUUUGCGGUUGUCCUCCCAUCGGUAUGCCUUUUCCACCUACCUGGACAAUUUCUUGGUGGCUUUCAAAGAAAAAUAUCUCGAGUAUAGUAAAACUCUUGGACUAGUAAAAGUCAUCGAUCUUUCAAGCAACAAAUUGCAAGGUGAAAUUCCAAAAGAAAUAACAAGUCUCGCGGGAUUAAUUGGGUUAAAUCUAUCUAGAAACUUGUUGAUCGGCAUCAUCCCUCAUAAUAUUGGUGACAUGGAGAGAUUGGAGUCUUUGGACUUGUCAAAAAAUCACCUUUCAGGUAUAAUUCCGCCAAACCUUGUUGAUUUGAGCUUCCUAAGCUGCUUGAUUUUGUCAAACAACAGCUUGUCAGGUAGAAUCCCAACAGGUACCCAACUCCAGAGUUUCAAUGCUUCUGCAUAUAUAGGUAACCAAGAUCUUUGUGGCUUGCCUCUUUUGAAAAGAUGUCCGGGAGAUCAAGCAGCUCAAGGUCCUCGAACUAGCGGCAUUGAUGGAGAAGGCAAUAAUCAAGAACAUGCAAACUCUCACGAACAUUUAUGGUUUUAUACUAGCAUUGUACUUGGAUUCAUUGUUGGAUUUUGGGGUGUUUGUGGAUCGUUGCUAUUGAAAAGUUCUUGGAGGCAUGCCUAUUUCCAGUACCUUGAGAGAAUAGGAGAUUGGCUCUAUGUAACAAUAGCUAUCGGCAUGGCCAAAUUACUGAGAAAGUGA